AUGUUCCAAGAAUGUAAAUGUCGGAUAUGGUAUGGUAAAGUGAGUGUGGCUAUAGGAAAUGAGAACUUUGAGGCUUCAAAGGAGAAGGUUUAUUAUACUCACAGAUCCCAGACAAGCUGUGACUGCAUGCCAGGCAGGGCCACAGAGGAAGCUCCAGGUCUUGGUCAGGUGGCAAAAGACAGGAAAAAGUCUAGGCCAGAGACUUUAUUGGGAUUUCUGCAGGAAAAGCAAGAAAUUGAGUUUAUACAGAAAUCGCUGAAGAACCGCAACCCGGCAAAUGCAUGCAGUAGCUCCCUCCAAGUGAGUCCAUUGAGGGUUGGUGGGGCCUGUAUUUACGGGAGAGGAGGGCAAAAAGGGGAAAAUGCCGCCAGAGUUCAAACAAAAUCCUUUGAUGCUACCUAUUUGAUUCUUCAAAGAAAGGUCAAGCCCCAAUUAAAAAAAAAAAAAAAAAGAGAGAAGAGGAACUGUGGAGUUGGUCAGCAAGGGUUGUCCCUGCCUUUCUGUCCUGGCCUUGUAACAACUACAAUUCGGCAUCUGCCCACGAACAAAAGUGCUUCCGAGCCAGCUGUGAGAUCUAGAACCAGGCAGCAAGGGAACCGCCAGGUGGGUAGGAUCGUCUCCCCGGCCUGUGCCCCAUGGUUACAGGCAGAUGGACCUGGAAAUGGGUCGCCAGAACCCGCAGGAGCCCGUGGAGUGCCUCAGCCCCUGCUGACUGUGGAGAGAGAGCACCUGGGACAUGCUGACUUGAGCGCACAGCCGUGGGGGACUCAGCCUCGCGAGAGUCCUGGUUUCCAGGCGAGAGAUUCCAGCGCUCCUUUGAAGCACAGAAAGUUUGGAUGCGUAGAAGAACUCUACUGUGUACUUGUAAACGAAGGCACCAGAGUGUGGAAGAAGGCAUGCUGCAAGGAGAACAAGCCCGAGAACAAGGCAGAACAAGGCUGUGCUGCGUACUGGUUAUUUGUCCUCAGGCAGGCUACUUUACCUGGUGACCUUCAUUAUCUUCAUUUGCAAACCAAAGACAAGUCAUCUCCAGCCAGGCUCGAAAUUAUACCUCAGGAAACACUGUGCCAGCUGAAAAGUAAAAGACUUCUAAAACUCCAAUGAUUUUUGUUGGAACAUAAGACUAUUCUGGGAUUGAUUUCACAAUACUUGGAAGUGAAAAUGGCAUUACUAUUUCUAUGACUGUGAUAUAAUAUGAUAGAGCUUUCUUGUCAGUAUAUUUUAUGCUAUUAUUUCUUUGUGGAUAGAAUGCAUCCUGUUCUCUAGCAUGAGCUUCUAGUGACUUCUUUCCUCCAGAACUCUUCUGUAUUACCAAAUUAAGACACCAGGAUAUGAUGUACAAAUAAUACCUCAAAUAAUUAACCUCCUUAAAGAGAACUUUGAAAUAUUUGGGAUGCAAACAUCUUUGUGGCUGAACAGUCUUUAAUGUUCUGGUGCAGACUAUGUGCAGUUUAAGUGGCUUCCUCUUAAGACAUGUGUGUUGCUGGUUGAGUUGAUAAUGAGUUAAAUUGUUUCUGAUAUUGCAAUGAAACCACUAAGUUAUCUGGGGGCAUUUUGGACAAAGCCCAAGAUUCUUGCAUGUGGAUCAUUUUCAGCUAGAUGUGAGCUUUCAACUCACAGGGAACUUGACUACAUAAAUCAAUUUUAGGAGAAGAGGAAGGAAAUGUGAGAUAUAAAAUACUGACUCACAAGGUGUUUGCAAAUGCCCUUGGAUUUAAUGUUAUUUUGGGCCUACUUGUCUGUGAUGGCCUCAGUAAUUGGGCAAAACUAUUCAAAUAACAUUCAUUUCGGUCUUUCCUGACUUUGGUGAUAAUGACUAGAGAUUGUUGGAUCAAAAGUAAUAAUCAUCAUGUUCAUGAAGACAGGCCUGUGUAUUGAUCAUAAGUUAGGAAAACAUCACUGCUUACCCUAAGUAUGGCAGGGUAGGCCUGGAAUAAAUUUAUAGAUACCCCUACAAUAAAUGAAAAUUUCUAGGCACCUGAUUUUGGAUGUGGGAAAGGCCACUAAUACUCUCUGGCCAGAGAUCAUUCUGAGAAAAUUAGAGCAAGCUUUCCUUUUUCCCUAUGCUUUUUUUACAGGGCAAAACAGGAGUCAACUUUUCAGGAUAUCAGGGAGGCAAAUUCUCAAUCAGUGUAAAAGUAGAACUUAGUAAAAAUCAGCACUUUCAACAAGUGUAUUGAGCACCUGCUAAGUAACCCAGACUACUCCAGAUGCUUGAAAUGUAUUACUGAACCAGAGACAAAUAUCUGUAGUUCCAUGAGGCUUUUAUUUGGGUUUCAGGACACAGACAGUAAACAAUAAACAUAAUUACUAAACUAUGUGGCGUGAUACGGAGUGCUAAGUACAAUUAAAUAAUGAUAAAGAGCGUAUGGAGAGAACAAAUGGGCGUGCCAGAUCAGGAAAGUGAGUUGCAACUCAAAAAGGGUUGGUUGAUGUAAAGGUAGCCUUUGCAGAUAGAUGUGAAGGACGGUGAGGAAGCAAGUUGUAUGGAUAUCUGCAGUGAGCAGUGUUCCAAGCUGAGGAAACUACUGAGCAAAAUCCCCAAGCAGGCGUGUGUCUGGGGUGUUCUAAGGACAACAUGGAAGCCAGGGAAGCUGAAGUGGAAUAAGGGAACGAAGAAGAAAAGAAGAUGAAGUUGAGGCAGUAACAGAAGGCCAGACCCUGUAAGGAUUUUGGCUUUUACUCAGAAUGAACUAGGGAGGCAUUGGAGGGAUGGAGCAGAGUGAUAUAAUCUGAUUUAGUUUUUUUUUUAAAUGUUUCUUUAUUUAUUUUGAGAGAGAGAGUGCAUACAGGAGAGGGGCAGAGACAGAGGGAGAGAGAGAAUCCCAAGCAGGCU